UGAUUAGAAAAAUAAAAUAUAAAAAAGCACAUCCAGCAGCGAGAAAAGUUUUUUGGAACCGAAACCGAUUUUCCAUUUGCACCUUUUUCACCUUGCGGGAUGUCGAAUUUUAUUUUAUCAUAAACAACAAUUCUAAAUAUAAAACUUUGUGUACAAUUCUAUUUAAACAAUUCUCCAACCGAAACCCUGCAAUGUUACGAACCGAACAAUUGUUAUUCUCACCCUCCUUAGAAUUAUUGGCAUAAUUCAUAUGAGGAUUCUCUCAAAAAUUCCGAUUCCGAGUGUUUAUUUCCAUAACAAAGCUUGCAAGCAGCAUACAGCGACAGCGAACAGCUGCCGCAAAUUAAAAUUCAAAGAAUUUUACGGGACGGAAUACAUUAUUCUCGGAUGUUAGAUGUUACACUUAAUUGCAUUGUCUGAUAUUCCUGUAUAGAGUGGGCAUAUUUUUUGGUGGAACUUUGGGCAGGUAUCCCGUCGCGUCCGAGUGAAGUUUUCAUUCAUAUCUGGCCACAUCUGUAGUCCAGUAGUUUUAUUUUUCUUCUUCAGUGAGAUUAAGAAUAAGAAAAGAAAAAGAAUGUCUAGUGAAUCGCAAAGAGUGCCAAUGCUUGCUUCUGCUUCAUUAUCCGAAGGCAAGAGUCAAUGCAAUGCUGAAACUGAAACCAAUGAUACUAAUGGACAAUUCGACCCGAAUAGGAUCCUGUCGAAUGGAUUGUCGCAAUCUGGAAUGGGAGGAGGACGCCCAACCCACAAUCAUCCGGGUACAUUUAUGAAGUUCAAGACAUAUUUACACGCUUUACGCCCUUGGUCACUGUCUGCCAGUCUAGUUCCUACUCUAAUGGGAUCCGCCCUAGCAUACAGAUCCCAAUGGGCAUCGGGUUUCAAUUUUAUAACAUUUGUUUUGACCAUCUUCACCGUCGUGACUGUGCAUUGUGCGGGCAAUGUGGUGAACACCUAUUUUGACUUCAUCAAAGGAAUAGACAAUCGAAAGGCAGACGACCGGACUCUUGUUGAUCAUAUUCUAUCCAAAGAUGAGGUUGUUUCCCUCGGAGCUAUCCUCUACAUGGCCGGUUGCAUUGGCUUCAUCUUCCUGGCCAUAUUAAGUCCAGCAAAAAUGGAACACCUAGCCUUGAUCUACUUCGGAGGACUGUCAUCAAGCUUCCUCUAUACGGGUGGCAUCGGUUUCAAAUACAUUGCACUCGGUGAUGUUGUAAUUCUAAUUUUGUUCGGUCCGCUCUCGGUGCUCUUUGCCUUCAUGACCCAAACAGGGCAUGUGGAUUGGCGAACAAUAUACUAUGCAAUACCACUAGCACUCAACACAGAAGCUAUUUUACAUAGCAACAAUACCCGAGACGUUGAAAACGAUCGAAAGGCUGGCAUCGUAACCUUGGCGAUUCUAAUCGGACGAACUUCAUCGCACGUUCUCUACGCUUUACUUCUAUUCACACCGUACAGCAUUUUUGUAGUAUAUGGUUUAAAAUAUUCCCUAUGGUUCUUACUGCCCCUCAUCACAGUGCCACAAGCUUUCAAAAUCGAAAAACUAUUCCGCAAUGAACAAACAAUGAAUGCGGUACCCCGACAAACGGCUAAAUUGAAUUUCUUCUUUGGAAUUUUAUAUGUGGUAGCUUGUUGCUGUGCAAAGACACUGCCUGCAUUCAGCUUUAGAAGGUAUUAGACUUUCAAUUAAAUUCUUCUUUUUACUUAAAACAAAAUAAAACUAAAAAUAAAAUACAUAUUGUAUGAGAAUUGCUUUGGAAAAAUAAUAAAAGAGAAUUUAUAUGCUCAAAAAAAUACAAUUAAAAAUAAAACUAUUGUAGCGGACUACAUUAUAGGAAUUCGAUGUUAAUAAACAAAAGUGAAGAAUAAAAUACUUAAUUUUUAUUUACAUACAUACAAAUAUAACAAAUGUAUGAAUACUAACGCAAAGGAAAUUAUGUUUUAACGAUUUCCUAUUCUCAAACAUUUUUUUAAAUUAUAUAAAAUUAUAAACGGCAGCUGUGAUUGGGGGCUUGUUAAACCGCAUUCAAUCUGUGAGCUUUAUUCUUAAAUAAUUCACAUAAACAAAAAUUCGCUUCGAAAUUUAUAAUAAGCGCAUUAUAGUCACCAACUUGUUUGAACUUUUUUUUUAAGUUGAAAUGGUUAUAUUAGUUUAAGAAAAUAAAAACAAUAACAAAAAGAGAAUGAAUAUGAAAACACUACUAAAGAGAAACUCGACAAUAAGUAAUUUUAACGAUGACACUGAGCAUAGAAACAUAAACACAAACAAUACACAACAUUUUUAUUUAAAAAUUGUUCGUUUUCACCACACACUGUUAAUGAUUAUGCCUAACCUUACUGUAAUUAUUAAUUUAUUUAAAUAGUUUUUUUUUCCAAAGUUGUUUGUUUUAUUAUUAUAUACCAACAUUUAAUUUUUUUACAAUGUAAAUUCUCAUCUGUUUCACUUACUAGGUUAUAUAUAAUUAUUAUGUACGUUUGUACAUAAAUCUAAGAGAAGAAUUAAUCAUACAUAAUAGUUUACAAAAAUAUAUAUAUAUGAAAAUAGAUGAAAUAUUCAUCAGAAAAUUCUUUAAAAUAAUAAUAAAAAAAAUAAAAAGAAGAAUGAUAAAUUCUCUCCAGUGUUUUAUAAAACUAGAUUUUAUUGAUAUUAAUUUUAUUUAAUUGUUAUUUAUUGAGAGUGAAACGAUUUUUAAAAAACUUUUUUAGAAAGUGGAUCAAAAUAUUUAAGUAAAUUAAAGAAAAAAUAAAAAACUAUAUAAAAAAAAGAAUAUUCAUAAGAGUUUUACAUUUUUUUAAGAACCAAAAAGAAAUUAAAAUUUUAUUAAAUUAAAAAAAAACAAAAACAACACAAGAAAUUAUCGUAAUAAGAGUUGUAAUACAAACAAUUACAUAAGUAAACAAAAAAGUAAAUAAAAGGAAUAAAUACAUAUAUCAAUUAAAUUCUAACAAACGAUUUUAGUUUUAAGUGUAUUUACUCAAAAACAAAACAAAACAACAAAAUAUUUAUAUUAAAGUGUAAGCCUAGUAAAAAAAAGUAGAUGGUAGAUCAAAAUAAACAAAAAAGUUAUUACGAAUACCA